AUGGCAGUAAAGGAUCAGUCUGCUCCUCAUGGCCUUCGCCUUGUGAUAGAGGACUAUCCUUAUGCGGUCGAUGGACUAGAAAUAUGGAGUGCUAUUAAGAUAUGGGUCGAAGAGUACAUCUCCUUGUAUUACUCAACAGAUGUGGUUGUUCAACAAGAUACUGAAUUGCAGGCAUGGUGGAAGGAAGUUGUGGAGAAGGGUCAUCCUGACUUAAAAGAUGCAAAAUGGCCAAAAAUGCAAACUCGUGAAGAUCUGAUUGAUACUUGCACCAUUAUUAUAUGGAUUGCUUCAGCUCUCCAUGCUGCUGUUAAUUUUGGACAGUAUCCUUAUGGAGGUUAUAUCCUGAACCGUCCAACACAAAGCAGAAAAUGGAUCCCAGAACCAGGAACUCAGGAGUACGAUGAGAUGGCCAAGAAUCCUCAAGAAGCUAUUUUGAGAACAAUUACACCAAAGUACCAGACCGUUAUUGAUCUUACAGUGAUGGAGAUUCUGUCAACACAUGCUUCUGAUGAGGUAUACCUUGGACAAAGGAACAGUCCAAAUUGGACCGCUGAUCAAAGUGCAAAAGAUGUGUUUGAAACAUUUACAAAAACACUUGCAGAAAUUGAGGUAAAAAUCUUGGAGAGGAACCAUAACGAAGAACUUAGAAACCGAACUGGACCAGUCAAAUUGCCCUACACUGUUCUUCUUCCUACCAGUGAACCAGGGAUUACUUUUAGAGGAAUCCCUAACAGUGUCUCUAUCUAA